AAUUGGUUGAAAACAACUUAAAACAUUGCAGCUGAGCUGCAACAUACAUAUAUACCCGCCAUUUCUGAUCUCGCUCGUCAAUCGUCACUAUGAAGAGUCCCAGCUUGGCGUCUAGGGGCGGGCGGUACCCGAGUUCCAGCUCCGGAUCCACGGGCUUUCGGACUUCAUCCAGCUACAGCACCCAAUAUUCUUCUUCUUCUUCUUCAUCUAAGAAGUCAACUGCCUCCGGCAAAAGCUCCGUCAAGUGCGCCGCCCAGGCGGUGGCCGGAGCUCUGAUUGCUUGUUUCUCUCCCCCCGACUCCAACUUUGAUGAUUCCAACUCGUUUAAAGCUCCUUCUGUUUCACCUGGAGUUGGGCAUGAGAGGAGACGUAGCAGUAGUAGCAGCUUGAGUCGCAGUAAUCAUGAGAACUCAAAUAUUUCGACCGAGGUGAAAGAGCCUGGGAGUGGUAGAUAUACUAUGGAGGAGAUCUACAAGGCAACAAAGAACUUUUCUCCAAGCCUCAAAAUCGGACAGGGUGGUUUUGGAAUGGUUUAUAAGGGCUGUCUUGAAGAUGGAACUCUUGUUGCAGUCAAGCGUCUCAAAACGAAUAUUUAUGACAAGCAUUUGGGAGCAGAGUUUCGGAACGAGGUCCAAACCCUGGCAAAAAUAGAGCAUCUGAAUUUAGUCAGGUUUUAUGGUUUCUUGGAGCAAGAAGAUGAGAAGAUCAUAGUUGUGGAGUAUGUCUCAAAUGGGACUCUUAGAGAACAUUUGGACUGUUUGCGUGGAAAUGUCCUAGAUCUUGCCACAAGGCUGGAUAUUGCAAUAGAUGUUGCCCAUGCUGUCACAUAUCUACAUAUGUACACAGAUCACCCCAUUAUCCACAGGGAUAUAAAAUCGUCGAAUAUUCUCCUCACUGAAAACUCCCGAGCUAAGGUGGCUGACUUUGGGUUUGCAAGGCUGGCUGCUGACAGUGAGAUAGGGGCAACACAUGUUUCUACCCAAGUCAAAGGCACAGCUGGCUACUUAGACCCCGAAUACCUUAGAACCUACCAACUUUCAGAGAAGAGUGAUGUGUAUUCAUUUGGUAUUUUGCUUGUCGAGCUGGUCACAGGCAGGCAGCCCAUCGAACCAUCACGGAACAUCAAUGAGCGAAUUACUGCUAGAUGGGCUAUGAAAAAAUUCAGUGAAGGAGAUGCAACUUUAACUUUGGAUAUCAGACUGGAGAGAUCUGCUGCAAACAUUUGGGCUACAGAACAAAUUCUGGCUCUAGCUUUACAAUGUUUGGCUGCUCACAGGCACGAUCGCCCUGCCAUGAAGAAGUGUGCAGAGACUCUGUGGAGCAUCCGCAAGGAUUACCAAGAAUCUUAAACAUCAUAUCCUACAUCGCGUCCUUUCCUCUAGACUCGGACUGCAUAAA